AUGGCCCCCACCACGCGCGCACAGACGAGGGCUGCUGCCGCGGCUGCCGAUGCUGCCGCCGCCGUCGCCUCAGCCCGCGCCAAUGACGACGCACCUGACGGAGCUGCUGCCGACACCACUGCCGAUGCCGCUGCCGAUGCCGAUGCCAGUGCUGAUGAUGAUGAUGAUGCUGACGUCGAUGCGGAUUCUGACGACGCCGACGCGGAUAACGGAGGUCGCGGCGGAUUCUUCAAUCUCCCACCGGUCGUGGUCCUUUCCUGCGCGGCCGUUGCCGUUCCACUCCUCGUCUGGCUUUCGCAAUGUCUGCAGACGGCGCCUCCAUGCCACGUCCAUGGGUACGCACAUCCCUUUGAACCCCAUUGCGACAAGUCACCGAACCCAAACCUCAUCGCGCCAUGUGUCUACCAACACACAAUCGGCAGCCUGGCCCGAGGCGCUGAGACAGGCCUCGUCGACGUCUUCACCGAUACGUGGUUCAUCCCCCUGCCGUCUCUGACGAACACUUCCUCUACCGACCCUGCACUGCUGCAGCUGGGCAAUGACUUCGACAUCAUCGCCGACUUCGCAAAGACUGUCCUCGCACCUCAUGUCCAACGCCACUUACAGCGCGUGGCCGAGCCUGAACGAGAUGUCCAGCAUCUUCCCCAUUUUCCUGUCAUCGAGUGGUUCCGGACCUGUGGUAUGCCGGAGCAAGAAGAUCCUGGGCGACUCUAUCGGUGGAAAUCCGAACUCCAGUGUUGGCUCUCACGACCGCUCCCCGAUGUCUCAUUGCAACUGUCCAUGCUGCUCCUCCGGUCAUGGGAAGCGGAUCUCCGUGGGAUGAGCUUCCUCGAAGUCAGCGGUGUGACGCUCUUUCAGCAACGAAUCGCCGCCUCACUCCUUCAUCUGUACGGCAUUCUGGAAAGCAUCGCGCAGACAGUCGACAACAACCACACCAGCGUUCCACACACAACAAAGCUCGAGCCCUUCGUCGACACUCUCGCCCGCCUCCAGCAGAUCGAAGGCCGGCUCCUGGUCUACGAUGUGGCGGCUGCCAUCCUGCUCGCUCGUCUCCAGGCAGCCGUUGCUUUCGUCGACGAGUUUGCACAUGAGUGUCUCUCCGACGUCCUGCGAACCUUGGGGCGGGAAUGCCCUGCAACGGCCGACAUUUCAUCGCAAACACCACCACUCGACGCCCUCGCAACCAUCACAUCCAACCUUGCCUCCAACACCACCGCCAAUCAAUCAUGCUUCGAAAAUCCAACUGCGCUCUACCACCUCGCUGUCGAUGGCAAAUGGCACGCAACCUUCCUGACUCUUGCGCCAUUCCUCCGACAAGUUUCCCGAACCAUAUCCCGUCGUUGGGCAUUGGGAAAAUUCGAGCGUUGCACUGACGGAGUUGCUGACGCUGGAGGCCAAGGCUGUCCAACCCAUCCCACCAAAUUUCUGCGAGCGUGGUUCACAUUCUCAUCAUCAUCGUCCAGCACAUCGCCUCUCGAAACGGACAGCGAAAUGAACGACCUCUACACCUUCUUCGCAACACACGUCUCCAAAUCCAUCAUUUCUUCCGAGCCCGACACCAGAGCCACUCACACGAGGGUGGAAGCUUUGCUGAAACCUGACGUGCCUGCCUGGGUUGGCGUUUUGGAUCCGAGAAGAUACGGGACGGGCAUGGGAAGGUCUAAGAAGAUCAAAUUGAGGCGGGAACGGGUUUUUGAGAAAUGGAGAAGGAUCGGGGUUGGAGAAGUCAAGAGGGUGGUGGUGGCGAGUGUUUUUUUGAGGCUUGAGAGUUUUGGGGUUGGAAAGACGGGAUGGGAUGGGACUUUCAGCUCUGUAUUUGAUAAUGAAAUGAGAAGUUGGAUUCGAGGACGCAAGGAAAGCAGGCCCAGGAGAUACAUACCUCAUCCCCAUUACGCUUUCCACUCCAUUGACUUGAGCGAGCCACUCGAGAUUUGCGCCGAGGAUGUGUAUGAGCGUUCGAUCAUAACUAAGAAGCGAGCGGUAGAAACCCCAAGUCCUGUCCUGGUCUUGCACAAACUUUCGAGCAGCACCGAAGAAGAAAAGCCGAUCGAUCAUACAGAAUCCCAGCCAGCAGAGCUGCGAACAUGUUGGGUUUGGAGUUGCUCCUCCGCCAUUUUUCAGGCACAUGGAUGCAUAGAGGACGAGCUCCUCACUGACCUGAUCUGGUCAGACAUGUUGCAUCAAGCCGCAACGAUUCCGGGCGGUGGCCAGUUCUUGCCAAAGACUCCUACUUGGACACCAGAUUUCGGGAAGUUGUCUUCAUCUCAAUACCAUAUGUCUCUCUCGGGAGUAAAGGUAAACUGUCUUAAGCUUAUGAAUGCUCAUGCCACAUUAUGCACCGUGGCUCCUCGAAUUCGAUCGGUCGAUGAAGUCCAAGGCUGUCUUCUGGAUGUUUGUUGCAUGCUGAUUGACGAAAUCGCUCAUUGUGGACAAAUGAGCGCGGAAAGUACGCAUAGGGUUGAACAUGGCAUGGAUUCAGCCGGAGCAAGAUCUCAUCUCCGCAUACUCUCUUGCCAGCCUGAAUUGAUAGCGGACGGCAAAGACAAGAGAGUUUGGGUUGAGUUGCAGUGCUUUGAUCUUGAUCAGCGGAGUCAGAGUUGCGGUGGGCGGAACAUAAGCGAAAAGGACGAUCCGGAACAGCCCACAGCAGAAGAGAAGAGAAGGAGCACCAAAGUCUGUGGUCCCAUACGUGCACGCAAUGGCGCAUGGCCUGCUGAAAAGAAGGAAAUCCACAUGCACCGCACACCAAACCCAGGCGUGAUUAUGGAAGGACGGAUGAAGAUCGUUCCAGACUAUUUGAAUUCGGCAUUUGGUGUUUGGAUGCUUAGCAGUUCACGUACCUCGAUCAAUUCAAUCGUGUCAACCUCUCAUUCUCAGAAGUCAUCAUUCCGCCGUGAAUCCAAUCCUCUCUUCACCCACCUGUUAUUCUCAAAGCCCAUCAUGCAGCCGUCAACCCAAUCGUGUCCUGGCCCGCGGACGUCGAAUUGGCAACUCCCAAUGCUCUCGCUGUCAUCCAGGUCGAAAGCAUGUCGUGACCUUUCCUGGCUGAUCAUGCGCCUGUGCGCUCAAGCACUCGCUCACACCGAACCACCCUCUUCUCAUGCUGGCUGUACUGCCGGUAUCUUUGGCUCAACCCACUUCGCCUUCCAUGAUAUCGGGAACGCAACUCCAAGCGCGAUCUGGAGACGGCUGGCUCUCGAGCUCCCACGAAGCCAUAUUCGACUUGGAAUUCCGGUCUUGUGCCAAGAGGCUCCUCGAACUGCCCGGCCAAAGCAUUCGCGAUUGGGUGAUUUGCAACAACGACGAACGGGGGGGGGGCUUGUAGGCAAAUUCCGAGUCACAUGGGGGCAAAGUAGAUUACGAUCGGGUGUGAUAUGGUCGCAGUUGCUGGCGAAAGGCAUCCCGGCGGAGGUGGGCUGUCGCCGACAAGGUUCCCACCGCGUCCCGUCCCGUCCCGAAGUCCUCGACUCGCUUCACAGACAUGCACAAAGUCCGACUGUUGAGACAGACACCGACACUCCGGGUCUGCGAAGCGAAGCAAAGACUGUCAACACAUCAAACACAUACCUGCAGAAUGAUGUCGCAUUGAACAGCUCAUGCCGCAAAGCUCAGCUGGUCCGCGGCAUUGGAUCGUAUGCGCUGCUUGUCAAGUCCCCGUCCAGUCCAGCCGAUUCUUCUGCAGCGCUCGCAGACGGCCGCACCACAAGCCUGAAUGAAGGUAGGUGCACACAAGUCUGCCGUCAUACUAAUUCCAAAGCCACCAAAGAGGGAGAGGGGAAAGAGCGGGAAAGCAGGCACAGUGGAGGAGGAGGACGAGGCCAGAUCGACGAUGUUGGGGUGACGGCGAGGGCGAGAAGAACAUUUCUCCGCCGCGAUUUGUCAGAGUUGCGGAGGAGGGAGGAUGUUGGUGGCCAGACCGAUGAUGUUGGGGUAACGGCGAGGGCGAGAAGAACAUUUCUCCGCCGCGAUUUGCAAGAGUUAAUCAAAGAGGAAGAGGAGAAAGAGUAUGAAUGUUGGUAUGAUGGCGAGCGUAAGGGCGAGAAGAGCAUUUCUAGUGCGGAGAUGAUUGUGCGCUGGCAGGAAGACGAGGAAGAGGAGAAAGAGCAGGACCAGAUUGAUGAGGUUGGGGAAGCGCGGCCGAUAGCGAGCGAGGACGAGGGCGAGAAGAUGUUUUCUGGUGCGGAGGUGAUUUCUGGUGCGAAGAUCAUUUCUGGUACGAAGAUCAUUUCUGCAGAGCUCGUAGGGAUGACUGGACUGCUGCUGGAUUUUCGGAGCGAUACUGAUUGCUGGGGACAUGGACAUCAUGCGGGCAUUGAUCUUGCUGACUGUGCCGGAUGUCGCGACUGGAUGUUGAUCAUGGACAUUGGCCACGACAAAGGAAAGAACAGGCGGAGCAUGGCAUGGCAUGGCAUGAUCAAUCAUCGAAGUACAGUAUCAUUUGCGGCACCCCAUGAAAAGAAAACUCCAUCCUUCUCAACCCCGGACAUACGAAACCCAACACACCAUUUUACAUCUUCUGUGAUUUCUUUGGGAAACUCUCUUGGGUGUAGACCAAGAAUUGCGAACCUCCUCUUCCCCUGCCUCCUCUUUGACGACGGUAAGGAUGGUGAUGAGGGUCCAACUGCAUCCGACCUGGCUUGGAAAUCCUGUUGGUCGACCUCUUUGGGCACGGUGUGGGUAUCUGGUCCAGCGACGAGGAUGACGUUGACAGCUGUUCAUACAUGUUGCUGGGAGAGUCUGUCGUGCGGUGGUGGUGUAUGGACGCUUCUGAGUGUGGAUGUUGGUAGGAAAGGCAGAGGGGUCGAUGGUCCUGCACUUGCUGCACUCUCUUCAAACAGGUCGGCGAGGGCGGGAUCACUUGCAGUGGUAUCUUCAGCGCCUCCGAGUGUGGAUGUUGGUGGGAAAUGGAGAGUUCUCCUCAAAAAAGUCGGCGAGGGCAGGAUCACUUGCAGUGAUUUCUUCGGAAAGGUGAUUAGAGUCGGAAGCCAAGGUCGAACGAAGGUGUUGGAGGACCUGGGAAAAAUGUCAGCGAGGUCGCCGCGGCCCGGACAGCACGAAGCCAGAAUCGAGAAGGCCAGGCAUACAGUAUCAUCCAGCAGCAACGUGAGCUCUCCUCCUCCAUGUCCAUUCCUGCCUCGACGUCUCGUACUCCAGGGUAGCGCUCUGGGAGAGAGGAGUACGGAAUUGUGCUUGAAGCAAGCGCCGGACCUGGAUAGGAUGUCAAUACGGCACAGUCAUCAAAGGGCAAAUGGCGAACCUCAGCCUGUGCGAACAUUUCCUGGUCGUCCUCUUGCCAUGUGUAUGAGCCUCCGUGAGCUUUGUGGAAGCACCAUGAUUGAACCUUGGCAGAUUUCCCAAGAAGAUCACAGAAGCGAUUUCCGUGGGCCCAAAGGUUCGCUGGGCGACAGAGUCGAAGGAGCAUUACAUCCAGGCGGAGAACGAGAUGAUGCCGAGGGUCCUGUACUUUGUAGACAUGAGGGAGGAGCUUGCUUAUUGGAUAAAGUUGACCCAUCUCUUUGCGGUAAUUGGCAUCUGGACGACGACUACGACAUGAGAGACGUUAACAUGGGCCCUGCUCCCGUGCCCAACGUGAGAUCGAUCCAUCAGCGCCAAGUUCCCGCUGUGUCGGAAUCAACCACAGCCAGCCAGAUCAAGGAGUUGAAUUGGAACAAGCUGGAGGAGAGUAGAACAUGGCGCUACGUUUGCAUGGACUUUGAUGAAGCGAUGUGGCGCAGUACGGUCUCCGCUGAGAGAAAUGGCCACGAAGAUAGAAAUACCGCAAGAUGUAGUGCCCACAUCACACGGAGGUUUGGCAGGACGUCUGGCUUUUGCUACAACUCAGAAGCGGUCGGUUCGGUAGCCAUGCCAAGAUGCUGGGCCCGACAGACCUCAAGCCGAAACGCUCGCGAUGAUUGGACGGCAGACCGACUCAGAGUGCUUCUCGCUUGGGAAGUCAUGAGCGAGAGCACAGGUAAAAGAUCCUCUUCCGCAGCGCCAAUUGGAAUGGAGGUUUCGCUGACGUCUUCCAGAAUUGUGCUCCCAUUGCUACGAAUGUCUCACGGAUGGAGACUCCAAAUUCUUGCUCGAUCAUAUCAAUCUCCUCUUCCGCUGAUUUUGCAUGACCUUGCCGGGAAAGGGCAAGCGAUGACCCAUUGCUUUGAAAGAUUUGUGCUUAUUGAUGUUGCUUCACCCAGUCUAUUUAUCUGGCAUCUUUCCUCUCCGAGUCCUGACAAUCUUUCUGCUAGAGUCUGCGCCGCUCGCCGCUCGCCGCUCCUCAAUGUCGAUAUGGCACUCAGCCACCUAAGUCCUCGAAGAUUGAACGACGUCUCCAAUGCAUUAGGCGUCCCAACUCCCCAGCUGACCAUGGUAUGGAAUUUCGUCAGUCCUUCGAGAUGCAGAACUAAGGAAAGAACACAGAAGGAAUAUUGCGGAGGUGGCUCUCAGACUGACGGUGGCGAUGGCUCUCGCCUCUACCCUUUCGAUUUGACUGGCGAUGGCGAUGGCUCUCGCCUCCACCCCUUCGAUUUAACUGGCGAUGGCGAUGGCUCUCGCCUCAGUGCCGCAAGCUCGACGACCAACAUCCAGAACAGUCGGCUCAGCCCCAUCGACCUGACUGAGGAUAUCGAUCAAUCUCAACCACAUCUGACAGCACCUGGAACCGAAGUGGAAGACGGCAUCUCCAACAAUGCACAAGAGGAGCAACCAGAAGCGCAGACGGAAGCGGAAAUGUGUGUCAUCUGCCAAUGCGAGAGCAAUCCCAACACAUACCAGAAGAUCACCUGCCUUCAGUGCAAGAACAGCCUUCAUACACAGUGCUUCGUCAGCCUCUGCAUCAGCCAACAUGCGUUCUUCAGCCCUGUGCAGCUGACUGCGGAGGACUUUGAUCCAGGCGAUCACACUUUGCCUGUCAAGUGUCCUAGCUGUCGGCUCGAGAUGUCCCGUGUGGAAAUAUGCGUGAGUCGACUGAUGCGUCUGGCUGAGGAAGGUGGUGUGUGGACUGGGAAAGCGCAAGACGGCCGGAGAGAGAAAGCCACUCGAGAUUUGGUAGAUAUGAGGAUUGGAGUGCCAAAGAUGAAAGCAGGCCGGGAAGGCGGGGAAGAGCAGAGGUGUCAAAUGUAUUUCGUGUUUCUGGAUAUUGAUCUUCGCAGCCAAGUUGUCAUCUCAGUAUGCCUCAUGUCACGCUUGCCCAGAAAGCGUAGAAGCGUCCUUUGCUCCUUGACAUCGUUCUUCACAGCCAAAAAGCGUGGAAGUGUUCAAAUGUACGUCAUGCUCAUAGAUCCUUUGCUCCUUGAUGUUGCAUCUUCACGACAAGACCAAGCCGUGACCAUAGAGUACCUCAAUUCAAUCUUCGCCACGGAAAGUAUGCUCGCCACUCAUGAGCUGCCAUGUACGUCGUCCAGGGCAGAAGCCCCCUUACAGCCGAAUUCCUCGCAAGGAGUUGCAGAUUCGGAUCCAGAUGCUCACUUCGCAGGCUGCUACCGGGAACACGGAAAACAGAGAUCAGGUCAGCAUCUCGCGUGCUCUCUACAGCAGCAAGUCAUGCACAUCGUCUUUCUGAUCUUCUAUCUGCGCAAGCAGAUCCGCUUGCUCGAGUGCGUGGGCAUGUACGCGAAUACUCUGCUGUUUCUGCCGCCAAUAGGCGUCCUGUGCUUCUUGACCCAGCGGACCGAAGUAGUCGACGAUAUGCUGGGUGCGGUCGAUUGUGGCUGCAAAUGGACGAAUGUCCAGGUGUUGGGGGAUUUUGAGGAGGAAUUGUGGUGGGGGCGUGACUCGGACUGCACUGGCUCUUCCCUCGCAACUUGGAAUGAAAGUCGGCGCAGACCUGGCACACUCGCAUCAGCUGAAGCUGAUGAGAGCAAGGCGGGGAAGGCACGAUCAAUGCGCGAUCGACAACGUUGUCACAUCCUCAUCGGCAUGAAGCGGGCAAGCAGUCUCGACCUGGGGACAAGAACAGCAGUGGCGCAUAACGAAUGUUGGUUAACUUCUGGCAAUCGCGCCGUCAGAAGUUGCGUUGGUGGCCUCCGCCGACUCUCGACUCCCAAAUCCUCGAGCAACAGCAAGGUCGUCGCACUCGCAAACCAGACAGGCUCCCCAUAUUCCCGGAGUGCAUUCCAGCAUCGAAAAUCAAGGCCUCCUUGGCACUGCUGGCGGCGGCGAAGCUCUGCCGGACGAGAAUCCGACGACGACCAACGAGAUCAUGGCCUGAUCAUGCACGACACUAUGACACUCAAUUAUGAUCAGGGUACAGUGCUGCAAAGUCCAGAGAGCCUCGCUAAGAUGCUGCAAGCCUGCCUGCAUACGUGUUUUGAACCACUCAAGCACAUCGAGCCUCGUGUGAAAUGUCUGGUUCAUCCUCCAUAUGAAGACAUGACGGGACAUCUUUCCGCCGAACAAGUACUCGACCCAUGUUUCUCCCACAGGAACGUUCGUCGAGCCUGUGGAGAAGACUGGUGGCCAGAUUCGCAGACGUCUACUGAGGAGGGCCAUGCAACGACUCAUCGGCACCCGUGGCCUCUCGUCAUACCCCAUCUCCUACAAAUGGUCAACAAACUGCAUGAAGGAAACUGCAUGAAGAGACGCAUGAAGAGACGCAUGAAGAGACGCAUGAAGGGACGCAUGAAGAGACGCAUGAAGAGACGCAUGAAGGGACGCAUGAAGGGACGCAUGAAGGGACGCAUGAAGAGACGCAUGAAGAGACGCAUGAAGAGACGCAUGAAGAGAACCUGUCGCUUUGGCGCGAAAUCCACCUCUCUUGCAGCGACUUGGCCAGUUGGAUGGCCGCCUCGGUUUCAAAUUUUUGACUGCUCACGUACAGCAGAAAACUGGCUGUCAAGUCUCAAGAAUGAUGCCCCAGCACUGGAUCUGAUUGCGAGAGCUAUUCAGUGCAGAAACAAGCAGACCGACGCCCCGGUCCAAAUUUCCAUUCAUGAGCUGCUUCAGCAAAGUACUGGUCAUUUCCUGCCGAAAUCCAACCCUUCCACCACAUCAGCUCUCCUUGGCAAGCCCGAACUGUUCAUCAGAUGCCUUGGAGACCAAUGUGUCGGUCAGUUUACGUCAGUUACACUGACAGGCCUGGCAUGUCCAAAGGUAGGAUCAAAUCCUCUGCAGAUAAAGAUCGCAUCAAUUGCAUGGCGAAGCUUCAACAAUCAUUUCGCAAACAUGCAGCCUUCUGAAGGAGGGCCAACAGCAGGUUCAACCAGCAUGACCGGCGAAGAACUGGUGGAAUUUUUGCAAGUCCCAAGCAUAUCCUGGACGCGGCGGAUCAUAAGUCCAGGUACAUACUUGCGAACGGCGUGGCGAGAUCAGCAUUUAGCCAAACAGCACACCCGCGAAUACAACUCCGAGCUCGUUUUCCAGCAGCCCCAGGCACGAUUAGCCAAAAUUCGGAUCUGGAGAAGAGCCUCGCUCGCAGCUACCGUUGAAUCCUCAGGCACAGGAGCCAAAAAUCACAACCAUCCUCCUCCGCACUCAAGCAGUCACCUCGACACCGAAUCCACCUGGGCAGACAUCGCAAUGAUCGUCACCGGAGCUUUCUGGGCCGACUCAGCCCUCCCGCUCGCUAGCUCGAUUCCCCAGCACUGA